CUGUGUCUCUCUCUCUCUCUGUGUCUCUCUACGUGGGUCUCUGGGUCGCCGUGCCAGGCUACACGGGGCACCUUUACCUUGCCGUCGCCGUCAUCGUCGUCAUCGCCGUCGGCGUGUUCAGGAGCCGACGUCCUGGUCAGCAAGCGUCAUCGUCAGGGCCAUGGCGGAGGAGGCGAUCGUGCGGAUCCCGCCACAUCACUACACUCACGUCCUCGACCUCAGCUCCAACAUCACGCGCCUGGAGCUGGGGCCUCGCACGUACAUUCGCCCCGACAAUGAGAGGGUGCUGUUCCCCCCGGCCCGCAUGGUCAGGGUCCCACCCCGCCACUACUGCGUGGUGGAGAACCCCGUGGCGAGGGACCGUGACUCCAACCCCGUGCUGGAUGCCAGCGGGCAGGCCAAGCUGAGGCACGCUGACCGUGAGAUUCGUCUGUGCCAGGAGCCCUUCCCGCUGUACCCGGGGGAGGAGUUACAGCUGGCGGUGUCUCCGCUCCGAGUCGUCCCGGUGGACUCUGCUCUGCGUCUCCGUGCGCUGAUCGACCACGAGGACGACUCUGGCGAGCGGCGCCUUGCAGGGGACGAGUGGCUCUUCCAGGGUCCUGCCACGUACAUCCCGCACAAGGAGGUGGAGGUGGUGGAGUCUCUGCGUGCCACCAUCGUGUUGCCCAACCACGCCGUGAAGCUGCGAGCUCGUCGCGACCUCGUGGACCGUGCCAGCAACACACGAGUGACGGGUGAGGAGUGGUUAUGGAGGAAGCUCGGCGCUUACCUCCCUGGCGCAUAUGAGGAGGUGGUGGAGAUCGUCUCAGCUCACAUCCUCACCGACAAGAAAGCGCUCCACGUGCGAGCCACUCGCUCCUUCACCUCGGCGGAGGCUGGGGCCGGGCCCUCUGGGCCGGCACGGCGCUGUGGUGAGGAGUGGCUCGUGAGCUGUGCCCAGACGGACAGUUUCAUCCCUGGCGUGCACGAGGAGGUGGUGAGCGAGGUGGACAUCACCACGCUCACACGGCGACAGUAUUGUGUCCUCGUCAACCCCGUCGGGAGGGACGGAAAACCACAGCUGGGCCACAAGCUGCUGGUCAAGGGAGAGAAGUCGUUCUUCCUGCAGCCCGGGGAGUGGCUGGAGAAUGGAAUCCAGGAAGUUUACAUCCUGGGGGAGGAGGAGGGAUUAGUUCUGACCGCUAGGGAAGCGUUCACCCUUACUGACGAGUCAGGCGACGUGGUGGAGGAGCGACGUGCGGGGGACCGCUGGAUGAUCCGGGGGCCGCUGGAAUACGUUCCGCCCGUGCAGGUGGAGGUGGUGGCCCGGCGCCACUCCAUCCCCAUGGACGACAACGAGGGCAUCUACGUCAGGGACAUCAAGAGCGGGAAGGUGCGUGCGGUGUGUGGCCAGACCUACAUGCUGACGCAGGACGAGGAGCUGUGGGAGAAGUCGUUGCCACCCAACGUGGAGUCGUUGCUCACGUGGUCCCGGGACCCCCUCUCACAGCGGGGGGAGCGGCCCCGUGGUGGGGUUGGUGGGGCACAGAGGGACCGCACCCGAGUGGUCACCUACAGCGUCCCACACAACGCCGCUGUGCAGGUCUACGACUACAAGGAGAAGCGGGCUCGGGUGGUGUUUGGGCCCGAGAUGGUCCGCCUGGACCCCGACGAACACUUCACCGUGCUGUCUCUCUCGGGGGACAAGCCCAAGCGUCCGCACGUCACCCGCUCGCUGUGCCUGCUCCUGGGCCCGGACUUCUGUAGCGACGUCAUCACCGUGGAGACCGCCGACCACGCACGCCUACAGCUGCAGCUCUCCUACAACUGGUGGGGGGGAGUGGUGGUGGCCUCCCUGCGACUCUUCUCAGUGCCCGACUUUGUGGGCGACGCCUGCAAGGCCGUGGCCUCACGAGUGCGAGGAUCCGUGGCCUCCGUGCAGUUUGACGACUUCCACAAGAACUCGAGCAAGAUCAUCCGCACGUCUGUGUUUGGGCUGGACGAGUCCCUGCGGGUCCGCCCUCAGCUGCGCUUCCCGCAGAACGGCCUCAUCAUCAGCAGCGUCGACGUGCAGGGCGUUGAGCCCGUGGACCAGCGCACUCGCGACGCUCUGCAGAAGAGCGUCCAGCUGGCCAUCGAGAUCACCACCAACUCGCAGGAAGCCACCGCGCGGCACGAGGCUGAGCGUCUGGAGCAGGAGGCCCGUGGACGUUUGGAGCGGCAGCGAAUCAGCGACCAGGCGGAGGCUGAGAAGGCGCGGAAGGAGCUGUUACAGCUGCAGGCCUACAGCGCUGCGGUUGAGAGCACAGGCGAGGCGAAGGCUGAGGCGAUGUCGAGGGCCGAGUCUGCGAGGAUUGAAGGCGAAGCCUCCGUGGAGCAGGCCAAGCUCAGGGCGGAGGCGGCCAUCAUCGACGCCGCCUCGGAGCUGGACCGCCUCCGCAAGGCGCGUGAGGCCGAGCUGGAGUUCACGCGUGUCAGGGACGAGUUGGAGAUCGCCCGCGCAAGGGCCCUGGCAGCCAUCGAGGUUCAGAAGUUCCAGGACUCGGUGCAGGCCCUCGGCACGGAGACCAUCAGGGCCAUCGCCACGGCCGGGCCGGACGCGCAGGUGAAGCUCCUCCAGUCGCUGGGCCUGCAGUCGACGCUCAUCACCGACGGCUCGAACCCCAUCAACCUCUUCACCACCGCCGCGGGCCUCAUAGGAGGCCUGCCGGCCAUCGCCCACCAACAGUCGCAAUGAGCGACCCGCCCUCCGACCCCCGCCCGGCAGCCAAUCACGACGUGGGGAUGGAGUUGGGGUGGGAGGGGGUG